UGGAAAAUGAUGCAAACCUUCUUAACAGCUCAAUGUGGCGAGUUGCCUUGACUGCCACCUCCCUUGGCAUCGUCCACGUGCUUUCUGGCGGGGCCAGACCAUCUUGGAGCACUGGCGGCUCUCUCAAAUGGGAAAACGUGGCGCCAGGCGUUGUUGCUCGGUGCCCAGUGGGGAUGUGGGCGCUCGCUUGGUAUCCUGGCCGUUGCGCUGCUCUGCGUAUUUGUAAUUGGCCACGCUCUGGACCCCAGCAGCAUUUUUAGCGCCGUGUGCAAAUACCUCACGGGACUUUGUGUUCUGUUUCUCGGAGUCUGGACGCUGGGUGAUGCUCACCAGGAAUUCAACGAGACUACCGGUGGUCAUGUACCUUCCAGCCCCACCCAUUUGGCUUCAUCGCCGAGCUCCAAGUGGAGUCAAGUGCACUGUCAAGAUGCGUCCUACGUUCUGUUGCAGUCGCCACGUGAUCCCAGUAUGAAAUUACAGCUUAGUGCAGCGUCAGCAGCCAGCAUAGGAGCAGGUAUUGUUCACGGGGCUGCUGGACCGGGGUGUCUAUUGGCAGUGCUGCCUACACUCGCAAUGCAGAACGACACUUUGCGAGCUCUGCUGUAUCUCGGAUGCUUCUGUGCAAGCUCCAUUAUGUCGAUGGGGUUGUUUGCGGCACUCUACGGAGAAUUAACGCAGCGAGGUGGGAGAGCACGAUCUCCGAGUGCAGCAUUCUACGUUGCUGUAGCUUCAUCGGUUCUAUCGAUAGGUGUAGGAACUGCAUGGAUCGUGCUGCAGGCUACAGGUGUGUUAAAUAGCGUGUUCGGGGAUUGA